AAAUGUUCUAAAAUUCAAUUCCAAUUUCCAUGGCAAGAAGGUAAAUAAAUACGCGUUAAGUGUGUAAUUCAAACUAAACCUGCUAAGGAAGUGUUGAUUCAUACGCGCUUGUACAGCUUAUUAUACUAUUCUAAAGUCUAGGACCGUGUUUUCCACCGCCAACAAAUUGACGCGCCAAAUCUCACUCUAUAAAUACCGCAUCACAACAAUCACAACCAACAUCGACCCCUCUCUCUCUCUCUAGCUUUUAACUUUCUCUCUCUAACUCUUUCCAAGUACUAUAUAAACGCAUUUAUUAAUAUAAUGACAGCUUCUAAGGCUCUUUUACUCGUUAUUAUGGUGGCCUGUAUCUUGAGUGCCUCGGUGGCGCAGUCUCCCUCCGCCGCACCAUCGCCAUCCCCCACCGCCGCCGCCGCAAGCCCUAGCUUUGCUCCGACUUAUAAGUCCACUCCACCGGCUUCAUCUCCUUCUCCCGUCGCCGUCGUCAACUCGCUGCCGCCGACUACUCCAUCUCCUUCUGCCGGCUUGCCUCCUUCGCCCAGCUUCGCGCCACAGCCAUCGGCAAACGGCGCCGUUGCUAACGGAUUAGGUUUCGCGGCGGCUGCAGCCGGUUUCUUUACCGUCGCUUUCAUGGCGUGAACGCUCUCUUAAUUUCUCUACACGUGUCUUUUUCACGCUUUGAUCCCUUUUUAAUUUUUUAUUUUAAAUAAUAAUUUAAUUUCAUUGUAGAGAGAGAUUGAUACCGAAUAUUCUUUUAUAUAUACAUGUAUUAUUAACUAAUAUAUUUUAUUUAUCUUGUA